AAAAAAUUAAAAGCUGACACAGUUGCUUAAUGCUUUCAUAGAAUCUUCUUGUUUGUGUCACGUUCUUGAUUUUAGCGGCGACUCGACAAUUUUUUGAGCACAUAUUAAAGCAACAGAUUUCAUUAUUAGUCAUUGACCGUUCCCAUAUGUCCAAGCUCAGCACCAACCUUGAUAUUAUGCAAAUGUUUAUGGAGACUUCGCGUGGAGACUUUAAAAAUAAAUCCAAUUAGCAAUUGCAGCUUUGAAUAAUUCCUAAGGCUGAUUGGAAAUGUGAUGAAAAGGAGCAAAGGAAACAGAAUUUAAAAAAUAUGUUUGGUAUCUGGUAAUCGACUUCAGUUUGAGAUGAAAAGUAAUUAAAAUGCUUCUGCAUAAAGAUCAAGCGGCCUUUGACUGCAUUGCAGUUCAGCUAUGCAAUGUUUAUCUGUACAUACAUCCAUACAUACAUACAAGGUAUCCCCAUACACCAUACGCAUACUAUGCAGACAGCUGCACAGAACGGAGAGCGAACUGAAACAUUCGAGUAGCGUGAGAGAGGGAGAGAUAGAGGAUCGUUGUGAGGCAUUACAAAUUUGCCUGUGUCAGUGCAAUUGUACCCCAUUCGUUUAAUGGAAUACUAUACACAUAAACACACACAUUCAUGUAUACGCAUGAGAAUGUGUUUGUGCCUAUGGAGAUUGUGUAUGCAUGUAUUCUUAUUGGCGGCAAUCUCAUGUGCCACAUAUGUUUCCAAUACUCACUUCCAGAUAGUGUAUGGAAUAACCACAGAAUUUCUGGACGCUGUCGCACUUUUCUGAUUAUUAUGUAUUUGUUUUUCUGCUUCUGAGCAAACAGUGCGCUCGGCGAACAGCAAAAGGAAAGCCGCGAAAUCAAAGCAGAAUUAUUUUCAAAUUUGUUGCAAACAUCAGAGAAUUGCAAGCACCAAGAAGUGAUUUAAUAUGCCUCCGCUGAAAGGAGCCGGUUUGCUGUGGCUGCUGUUGCUUCUGCUAUGCGGCAAUAGAUGUCGCUCCUCAGAAAUACUCGUAAUUUUUCCGCAUGCCAGCGAGAGUCAUUUUGCAGUGUUGCGCACCUUGGUUAACGAGCUGGUCGAUCGCAAGCACAAUGUAACUGUUUACGGUAGUCAUGGAUUGGGCGAACGCUUGGAAAACGUAACUGAGAUUGUUACACCAGAAUAUGACUUCUGGAGCAAAUUGCAACAGCAUGCUGCUCCCGGUGGCAACCUGGAUGAUUUGAGCCGCUUGGCGGACAGCAAGUUACGCAGUUCUUUGGCCCAUGUCGGUGCCCAAGCUAUGGAUAAUUUUCUCUCCCAGCAGCCGCUGCAGACUUUGCUGCAGCUGCCAACGGAUCAGUUUAAUUUCGAUGUUAUUAUCGUGGAUCUAUUCUACACAGAGGCUCUGUUGGCACUUGGUCAGAAGCACAAUAAGCCCACCAUUGGCAUCGUUAGCACUGACUUUGGCAGUUACAUGAAUGCUGUGCAGGAAUCUUUGGUCCCAGUUGCCUGCUCACCGAUUGAUUUCGAGCAGUAUACUGCUGAUAUUGGGUUUUCAACACGUUUGGGUAACAUCCGCGAUUGUAUUGCAAGACGCAAACGUUUCCACAAGGAUCAUUAUGAGGCUCAGGAUCAAGUAAUAACCAAGUAUUUCAAAACAACAAAAACAGUUGUGGAAUUGCAAGCUCAUCACUUGUCACUUCUGCUGCUGAAUAAUCACGUGCCCCUUUUGACUCCCCGACCAUUGAUACAGCAGAUUGUGCCCGCCGGCGGUUUGCAUAUACGUGGGCCACGUGAGUUGCCCUGGAAUAUCAAACGUUUUAUUGAAGAAUCUCGACCAGGCGUUAUCUACAUCCAGCUAGGUAACGAACAGCUUUGCGGCAACCUGCCUAAACAAAAGUUGGCGACACUUUUUGAGUUUCUGGGCGCACGCAAUGAGCGUGUGAUUUGGACGUGCCACGAUGUGAAGAAACUAGAGGGUCAACCAAAGAACUUGAUGAUUCAGCACGCAGUGCCUCAGAUUGACAUCUUGGCGCAUCCUGGCGUGCGUGCCUUUAUCAUGAAUGGAGAUUUAUUGAGCCUGCAAGAGGGUAUUGUACGGCAUGUGCCGAUGCUGGGAUUGCCAAUAUUUCAGAACGAACGCAAGAAUAUGCAGUUGGCAGUGAAUUUAGGCAUUGCAUUGCAGUUGGAUUCUACGAAUAUUACCACUGCAGCACUAAACUGGGCUCUGGACGAGCUGACGACACAGCAAAAGUAUCAGUUGACCAUUCGUGAAGUGUCCAGUGAGUUCCGGGAUAGACCGCUGGGAGCAGUAGCUAGUGCCAUGUUCUGGGUGAACUAUAUGGUGCGCCACAAGAGUGGCGCUGCGUUAAGAACACGAGGUAUUGAUAUUGCCUCAAGUCAUUUGCAUCUAUUCGACUUGUUCACAUUUUAUUUUGGUGUGGCGAUUGCGUUUUGUGCACUUUUACUAGGAGGAUAUUUUGCCGUUGUUUUUGUUUUAAAAAGAAAACAAAAUGAGGCAAAGUACUCGAAAUUAAGUUAAUUUUACAUUUACAAACAAAAACUUAUUAAAGCCAAAGUGAACUAAUAAAGAAUGAAACACAUAAAUAAACGAUUGUAUCGAUUUGAAUUUGCGCCAUUAACAC